AUGGAAGCUGAGGCGCCAGCUCUUAAGGGAACCGAGGAAAGGGCAGCGCCCUCACUGGCUCUCCCAGUAACCGGGGAGGAAGUGCAGGCCAAUGGUUGUCAGCAGCCAGCAGGACCCCUGCUUCCGACUCCCAGGAAGGCCGCCUGUGAAGAAAGUUCAGGCUCUUGUAGCUCGGCCCAGCCUCAGCUGUUUCCCUCAGUGAGCGGUGAUGCAGGCUUGGGCAGAUGGUCUGGUUGUCCCGAUUCCUCAGUCACCGGGGUGCAAAGAUUUCAAGAGGCCCUUAGGGUCCCCUACAGGCUGGCAUUGACCAAUGACCCAGGGAGGGCGGAUCUGAAGCAUAUUGUGAUCGACGGGAGCAACGUCGCCAUGAGCCAUGGUCUGAAACAGUUCUUUAGUUGCCGUGGACUAGCCCUCGCAGUGGAACAUUUCUGGAGGCUUGGCAGCAGAAACAUCACUGUGUUUGUCCCGCAGUGGAGGACCAAACGGGACCCUCGCGUCACAGAACAGCACCUCUUAAGCCAGCUCCAGGAGCUUGGGAUCUUAUGUUUAACUCCUUCCCGGGAGGUCUUGGGAGAAAGAAUGGCUUCUCACGAGGACAGGUUCCUACUCCACUUAGCGGACAAGACCGGGGGCAUCAUCGUGACAAAUGAUCACCUGAGAGAGUUUGUGACUGAGUCAGAAUCCUGGAGAGAAAUCAUUGCCAAGAGACUGCUUCAGUACACGUUCGUCGGGUACAUCUUUCUGAUUCCCGAUGACCCUCUGGGAAGAAACGGCCCUCGGCUAGAAGACUUUCUUCGAAAGAAGGCCCUUCUCGGAGACAGGCCGCCGCUUCUCAAUGGCCGGCCAGGAGUGGGCCCCUCUGCGCCUGGCCUUCGGAGCCCCCGCAGCCAGGUAGAAAGCACCAGCCACCGGGCUCCACGCCGGAUCCAGGAUGCCUCUUCACGGCCUUGGCUUCCUAGGCAGCUGGACUCCCCAGGCCUGGAUAGCCUGGCCCCGAUGCAGCAGGAGCGUCCCACGACAGCCCAGCCUUCUGCAGAGACCCUUGAGCUCAGGGGCCUGCUGGCGAGCAUCUUCUCCGACUCAGAGCACACCCUGAAGACUGACCGCGUUCUGGCUGCACAUGCCUACAGGAAAGACCCCAGCACCCUCUCUGCCCUGGUGCUGGUCCCAAGGCUGGCUGACAGUCCACUCGUGAUGGCGGCCCCGAGGAAGAUACCAAGUGGCUGGAACAGGACAGACGGCUCACCAGACCGGACCAUUGGAAAACGCUUAUUUGCGGGGGGACUGUGGGACCGGGACCGAUGA